AUGCCGGAGAAAAAGGUGUUAACGGCAGACAAAGACCUGUUUCUUCGGCAUGCAACUACUCUCUACGAGACAUGGAAUGAAGGUUUGUAUGGCCUUGGAGAUGUAGAAGGUUUAGUCGUUUUGGUAGGACAAGAUGAGGGAGCAGUGCAGUACUCCAAAUCGAAGGCAUUUCAGAUUUGGAUGUUGAACACCGAAUUGCUAGAUACUUUGAUGCUAUUUACGAAAAAAGGCAUUUAUGUGUUGGCCAGCAACAGAAAAGCAGAUUAUUUCAACAGUGUGAAAUCUGACGAAUUUGUUGGAGUAGUACCACCAGUGACACCGAUUCAUAGGGAUAAGUCAGAUAAAGAUGCCGCCAACUUCGCGAAGUUGCUUGGAUACAUAAAAAAUGAUGCAGGAAAUAAAGUUGGGUACUUUGCAAAGGAUACCUUUGAUUCCGAUUUCUGCAACGACUGGCAGAAAGCUUUUUCUGGUGUUGAAAAAAUCGACCUAUCUGCUGCUUUCGUUCAUGUAUUUGCUGUGAAAGACGACCCUGAAAUCGAAGUAUGCAGAAGUUCAGCCAUGGCAACCGUUAAUGCAUGGAGCUACGCGCGAAAAAAGUUCAUUGAAGCAAUUGAUCAAGAAAAGAAAGUGAAACAUUCACGACUUGCAAAUGAAAUAGAUUCGGAAAUCGGAUCAUUGAAAGUGCAAGGACAGUUGGCGAAGAAUAAGACAAUUGAAACCUGCUACAAUCCAAUCAUAAUGAGUGGCGGAAGUUACUCUUUAAAAUGGAGCACCGAAAGUUCGGACAAACUCCUUCAUUUCGGCGUUAUUGUAACAUCACUUGGAGCACGACUUGAGAACUAUUGUACUAAUCUAACACGAACAUUGAUGGUGGAGCCUUCGAAAAAUCUUGAAGAGGCUUACGAAGGACUUCUCGCCACCCAGGCAGCUGUAGUGGAGGCUUUAAAACCGGGUGCAAGGCUUUGUGACGUGUAUCUAGUUGGAAUAAAGGUCUUCCGCGAGAAAUGUCCUGAUAUCGCCGACAAACUUUAUAAGAAAGAUUUUGGAUUUGUAACGGGUAUCGAGUUCCGUGAGGGUGCUUUAACAAUUAGCCCCAAAUGCGAAGAGAAGGUUAAACCAGGUAUGAUUUUCAUUGUAUCUGCCGGAGUUGAAGGAUUGACUAACACUAAGGCGAAAGACGAUGCUGGAAAAAGCGUCACAAUCGCGCUGUCGGAUACUGUUCUCAUAAAAAGUGAAGGGUCAAAUGAAAUUCUCACAGAACGAGCCAAAAGCCGGUUGAAAAAUAGUGUGAUUAGAUUCAAAGAGGAGGAAGAAGAUGCGAAAGACUCCAAUAAAGAAAACACAGAGGAGCUCGGUCGCGGAAAGCGUAGUGUUGUGUUGUCAGAUCAGACUAGAAACAAAGCUACUAAUGAAGAUAAGAGAAAAGAGCAUCAGAAACUACUGGCUCAGCAACUGAACGACGCUGCGCGGCAACGACUUGCGCAGGCCAGUGGUGCUAGCGAGGCAAAGAAAAUUAAGAAAUCGAAUGUCUCAUAUAAAUCUUACGAAAAGUUCCCGGUCGAUACGGAAAUCAACAAAUUAAACAUAUUCGUUGAUAAACGUCAUGACACCAUAAUUCUACCAAUUUUUGGUGUUCCUGUUCCAUUCCAUAUCUCAAUGAUCAAGAAUUGUUCACAAUCUGUGGAAGGUGAUUUUACGUACCUUCGUAUCAACUUCGCCCACCCUGGCUCCCAGAUUGGAAAAGAAACCGCACAGUUCCCGAAUCCUUUGGCUACAUAUCUUAAAGAGCUUACGUAUAGAGCUAGCAACGUCAAGGAACAUGGAGAAGUUAGCGCGCCGAGCAACAAUUUGACAACUGCAUUCAGGCUUAUCAAGGAGAUACAAAAACGUUUCAGAACGGAGGAAGCUGAAGAACGUGAGAAAGAGGGAGCCGUGAAACAGGAUAAGCUUAUCCUUAGCCAGGCAAAAGCAAAUCCCAAGCUAAAGGAUCUGUUUGUGCGACCGAACAUAAUUGCAAAACGAAUAUCUGGCUCGUUGGAAGCACAUAUAAAUGGAUUCCGAUACACUUCUCUACGCGGCGACCGAAUCGAUGUGUUGUAUAAUAAUAUCAAACACGCCUUCUUCCAGCCAUGUGAUAACGAGAUGAUAAUUUUGUUGCACUUCCACCUUAAACAUCCGGUACUGUGGGGGAAAAAGAAGUACAAGGAUAUCCAGUUCUACACGGAGGUUGGAGAAAUCACUACUGAUCUUGGUAAAUAUCAUCAUAUGCAAGAUCGAGAUGAUGUACAAAGCGAACAGAUGGAGCGCGAAAUGCGAAGAAAACUGAAUCAAACGUUCCAGAAUUUCUGUGAUAAAGUCGUCAAACAAACGAACGAUCAGUUCGAUUUUGACUGUCCGUUCAGCGAACUUGGUUUCCUUGGUGUCCCUCAUCGCUCCAGCUGCAUGCUAAAGCCUACAUCAUCUUGUUUGGUCAAUCUUACUGAGUGGCCACCAUUCAUCGUAACUCUGGAUGAAGUGGAGUUAGUCCACUUUGAACGAGUAUCCUUCCAAUUGAAAAAUUUCGAUAUGGUGUUCAUUUUUAAAGACUACAAUCGCAAGACACAAAUGGUGCAGCAAAUCCCCAUGAGCAGCCUGGAUGGUGUUAAGGAGUGGCUGAAUACUAGUGAUUUGCGCUACACGGAAGGAAUACAAUCCCUUAACUGGCCAAAGAUUAUGAAGACCAUUACGGAUGAUCCAGAAGAGUUCUUCGAAACCGGGGGUUGGAACUUCCUCGGUGCUGAUUCGGAUCAAGAGGACGAGCCAGAGGAUGAAAGUGAAUCAGAGGAAGCUUAUACACCUAGUGAGUCUGAAUCUGGCGAAGAUGAAAGUGACGAAGAUGAAAGCGAAGGAGAUGCGACAUCAGAGGACAGUGAUGAAGAGGGCUCACUGGACUCCGAUGAGUCCGAAGGAAAGGACUGGUCUGAUUUGGAAGAGGAAGCAGCUCGGGCUGACAAACGGCGAGACCAAGAGGAGUCUGGUGGUGCCGGUGAUCGCAAGAGACAACAUGAACGAGAACGGGAACGGGAACGUGACCGCAAAAGGCAUCACAGCAGCAAAGGUGGCCCUCCUUCUAAGCGACACAAGUAG